GACAACAUUAACGACGAGUCGGGCAGUCGCUCCUCCGUAUGUGGGGGGCCGUGCUCGCAUCAUUAGCCGGCGUUCGCAUUUUAACUAUUGCUUGUUACGAUUUUAUCUGAGGUAAACUUUUUGCCUUUUGUUGAAGACGACUUCAGUUGAAGCAACUAAAAGUCGCCUUGCGUGUGACGGGGGCAGGACUGCGCCCCACUCGCGCAACUGCCAAGAUUGCCGGUGCAGGAAGGAAGCGAGGGCCCGCGUGGGACCCUGGCGGCAGGCCUUUGAAGCAACUCUGCGUCUCCAUGCUGCUGUUGCCCUCUCCGCCCGGCUCGCAACGCGAGCCCGGACCCACGUGCCCACCAGCGUCGUCUACCUGCCCUCCACAACCCAGCGGAAGUCGUGGCGACGGCGGUGGCAUAAUCACCAGGGCAAGGAGUGCCGAGUGCAAGAAAAAGCUUAAGGACAAGAGUAACCAUGCGUGCAAGGCUUCUGGAGACAAAUUCAUCACUGCAGAGGAGGUCCAAUGCAAGUGGAAUCAGCACGGAAGCAACCUCAACAUCCGGCUCGUAAGCAGCGGAGCCGUGAGGCUGAAGGACGUGAACGUGAUCCUGUCCAAUAGAGAUUGUUCCGUUGCGUUUCCAGGAGGAUUCGUGUGGAGGUGUACGUUUUACGGGGAGAUCGAGGCUUCGUGCAGCAAGGUGCAGUGUCGGGAGCGAGAUCGACAGCUCAUCCUAAACUUGCAGAAGAAACGCGAACAUGAGGAUUGGCCUACCCUGUUCCCGAACAACGAUGCAGGAGAUCCAAAGAGUUCGGCCGACCUGGCAUUUGACGCCUCCAGUGCACGGCAGUCCUGUCUCGAGGGUCCUGGCAACCUCUUAAUGGAACAGGCUGCCAGUUGGAGGGAGGCAGGACAUGUGGAGAAAAACCUAAAGCCCGGGAGGACUGCAGACAGCCUCGCAGCCAAAUGGCCAAGCACCACUGAGCGGGACAAGCUGCCAGCCGACGAACAAUCGAUUGCGGGGAAGGUGUUGACUGUACAGACGACAAUACAGGACAGAAACAAGAUGUGUCUCGUUGGAAACUACCAGCUAUCCCCUGUGCACAUCAAGGGAGCAUUGAAGGCGGAUAUUUCUAAAAAGCAUGUUGACGAAGCGGGCACGCCCGGGGGCUGUGUGAGUGUUUGCAGCAUUAACAAGAACUGGUACAAGAAGAGCGCGGAGGUGAUCGUGGUGAACGUUUACCUGAAGCAGGUGCAGCUCGAUAGGUUUCGCGUCAUGUUCUCGCCCCAUCACCUGACGGUGGUGUUUCAGACACGAGAUGAGAGGUUUCUCAAGCAGCAUGAAAACGCCACACCAGAGAGCCGCUUCCAGUGGACACUGGAACUUUUGCACGUGAUUGAUCCUGAGCAGAGCUCCUAUACCCUCCGGACUAGUUACCUAGAGAUCAGCUUACGGAAGAAGGAUGGCCAGCGCUGGAAGCCAACAGACGAGCCCUUCUGCAAAACACCCGAAAAGCCCGUGCGGGAGGCACUGCCGCCGCGUAGCCCCGCGGAGGCAAGGAAGGCGACGCCUGCGUUGGGGGCGGCUGCUGGGCCCGUCCGUGGCUCCGCCACACACCACGUUCUCGCCGACCUCCCCGAGCGUUGCACCUCGCAGUCAUCGGAAUCCGCCACCGCAUGCACGGCUAAGCCCAUGUGCAAGGUUCCGCCCAUCAUGGCGAGCAGCAGGGGGGAGGGGGAGGAGGCGGAGCAGGUGUGUGUGCCGGGCUUCACGGGGCUCAUCAACCUGGGCAACACGUGCUUCAUGAACAGCGUGAUCCAGGCGCUGUCCAACACGCGCGAGCUGCGCGACUACCUGCACGACUCGGCAUUUAAGGCCGAUAUAAAUUACUCCAACGUCCUGGGAACGGGGGGACGGUUGGCUGUCAGCUUGGCAAUCAUUCUUCAAACCCUUUGGAAAGGGACCCACUAUGCAUUCUCUCCGUCCAAGCUCAAGGAGAUUGUGUCGAAUAAAGCCAGCCAGUUCUCUGGCUUCUCACAGCACGACGCCCAGGAGUUUCUGGCCUUCCUGCUGGACGGUCUGCACGAGGACCUGAACCUGGCGGCAAACUCUCCGACUCCCCAGCAGUACCCAGAGCCACACGGCAGCCUCUCCGACCAGCAUAUGGCGGAACGAGCGUGGGCCAGGCACAAGGCAUGGAAUGACUCUUUUAUCGUACACCUCUUCCAUGGCCUCUACAAGUCCAAGCUUGUUUGCCCAGUGUGUGGUCAUGUGUCCAUCACGUUUGACCCGUUCUUGUACUUGCCGGUGCCACUGCCCCAGAGGCAACGGGUGCUGCCCGUUUACUUCCUGCCCCGUGAGCCCUACCGCCGCCCUGUCAAGCUGUCGGUCAGAGUGAGGCAGGUGAAUGCACAUGGAACGGAAGUGAUAAAGUUCGUGGCUGAAAGGAUGAAGGUGCACCCAGACAACCUAAGGCUGGUUCAGGUGGACAAGGCACGCUUUGAGCGGUUCGUGCAGGCGACUACCUCCUUGGAGCAAGUUGGGUCGUCCGACAUGGUCUUCUGUUGCGAGGUGCUCAGCCGAGAGCUGGCUGGCGAGAGGGUGCGAGUGCUGCCCGUAAAACAGAGACGGAAGAUCCCGGACAAGCCCGUGACGCAUUGCGCCAAUUGCCAGAAGACGAGCCCUCUCCACCUCAGGCUGCGUCGCUGCAUGAACUGCUACCGCGUGGGAUAUUGCAACAUGAAUUGCCAGAGAAACCACUGGGUCGAACACAAAAGUGAAUGCGAGCCCGAGGCAAUCGGCCUGCCGUUCCUCGUGAGCAUCCCUGAGUCUCGGCUUACUUUUCACCGACUUGCACAGAUCAUGGAGGCGUACGCAAGGUAUUCCGUGAACGUGUUCCAGCCUCCUGUUCAGCCCAGCACGGCCUUCCUCCAAGAUCCGUCCCCCACUUGGUCCGAGGUCUCCCCACCGCCCCCAUCGCCAGCUUCCUGCUCCGGGCAGAGCUACGCGGAGCAACCCUGCCUGGAGACGCAACUGCCGUCCGAGAUCGACAACGAAGGCCAGGGCCUCCCGGCCUCCGGGCCGCAAGCUACGACUCGGGGCGAGCAGCGGAAGUGCGAGUGGAAAAAUGCGGAAUGGGCGGAGGAGCCGGAUUCUCCGCUCUUCAAGCCAAUCUUGCCGGCCGCAAGUGUUCGGUCUCGUGAAACCCCCACGCUUUUGCCCGCCUGCAAGGGAGACCCAAAGCAGAGUGACGAUCCGCAAGCAGACGAGCUCGAGACACUGAGAGGUGAAGAUGGCGUCGAAUUGAAGCGAGACAUUGGCAGUGGCUGCCACGUAUUGGGCCACAGGAGGAUGCAGGAGCGGGUGGCAGCAGCGUCAUCGCUCUUGGAAGCACGGGUUGAGAGCUCCUCCCCCCAUUCCAGGGUGGAGGAAAAGGAUGGGUCUGGGACCAAGAAGCCAUUGAAGCCUGAAGCUGCAGUUCAUGGGCUGCAGCAGCAGGACAAAUCAUGGCAGGGCUGGACACCACAGUUUUCCAUCAAGGUUAUUGACAACAACGUGGAAAAAACAUUGAACCACCGAGGAGACUGCUUGUUGGACAUUCCUGAUGGGGCCCAGCUGGCCAUGGACUGGAACAACAAUAGCAAGCAGCAGGGCUACGUGAUGGUUCAGCCGCGGGAGUUGGACUGCGACGAGGAGUUGCCCACAGAGGACCACGCGAGUAGCAGGGACCUCAAAGACUCAAUGCCCAUCUCCCUGCACCACUGUCUAAAGCUCUUCACCAAGCCCGAGAAGCUCACGCCAGAGGAUGCCUGGUUGUGUCCCCAGUGCGAGCAACCCAGAGAGGCACUCAAGCAACUGAUGCUGUGGCGGUUGCCGCCCGUGCUCGUUGUGCAGCUCAAACGCUUCUCGUUCUGCAGCUUCGUGUGGCGAGAGAAAAUCUCCAACUUGGUCACCUUCCCUAUCCGGGGUCUUGACCUUAGCGAGUUCUGCGUGGAGGCGGCUUCUGGGGGUGCCGGCGGCGACGCCGGCGGGGCCGCAGUCUACGACCUCUACGCCGCCAUCAACCACUACGGGGGCCUCAUCGGUGGACACUACACGGCGUACGCACGGCUGCCCUGCGCCCGCAACAGCCAGUGCAGUGACAUGGGCUGGCGCUGGUUCGACGACAGCACGGUGACGAUGGUGAACGAGAGCCAGGUGAUGUCGCGUCACGCCUACCUUCUCUUCUACCGCCGCCGCGACUGCCCGCUCGCCCCAUACCUCAGGCGGCCAGCUGAGGCGCCGUGGACGCCCGCUCCUGCGCGACAUGACCCCGCUGAGGAAAUCAUCAUAUUGGAUGACGAGGAGGAGGAGAAGAGUGAUGAUUGGCCGGCGACAUUGAAUUCGUGGAAUACAAGGGCAAGCACAGCGCCGUGUUCCACGGAGACGUUCUCAUCGCGUUCAACCACGAAGAACAACGCGGACUAACUUUACAAAAAGUGGCAAGAGGCUUUCUCUCAUUGACGUUGCACGACCACGCCGAGAAACAUCGUGGAGCCUCGAUGCAAUCACGCACGGCAGUCGCUCAACCCAGUUCACCGUUUGUACCGAUUUCUAUGAACAUCACGCCGGGUAGGUGAGAAUUCCACGGUUAAAAGUAUUUAUGCCACAUCGUUGAAAUGUGGGACCUCACAAAAUAUUUUACCAAGGCUCGCCAGAGCUUCGUGUAAAAUGCAUAACCCUGCCUUUGAAUGAACCAACUGACAAUUUGGUUUGCUAUGUAGACCACAGGGAAAACAAUGAACCCUGGCCAGCCUACAUGUCCGAGAGCUGAACCAAUCAGCAACACCAGCAGUUCUACGUAAUUGAGGUUUGGAGAGGCUCAGUUCGGAGUCUGAAGAAGCUCCUGGCACGUGGAGGCAGUCAUCCGAAAUUACGCGUACAACAUGUGGUGCAGCCCGAAAGCACACCGGAAAGUAUCUCUACCGGUUAUUUUCUUAUUCUUGGGUUUUUCGGUAAAGUCACGUAGAUAGGUUCAAAUAAAAUAACAAAAAACUACGACGUUUUGAUCGCAACACAAGCAAUCAUCAUCAGGAGAAUGAUCAGGAGAAUGAUUACGAUUGCUUGUGUUGCGAUCGAAACGUAGUUUUUUGUUCUUUUUUGUUAUUCUCUUUGAAGCUAUCUACAUGACUUUACUGAAAGACCCAAGAAUAUGAAUUCCUGCAGUCACGAAAGCUUUAAGUUACGGUUAUUUUCUGUUAUCUAUUAAAUUGCUGCGCAUACGAACUACCCCUCUGCCCUUCCGCAACCCCCACCACCACCCACGCGCCGUCUUUCACUCAAAUCAACUAGGUGUGGCCCAGAGUUGCCAAGUCUCGUGCAGAGAAAAAGCAGCUUUCAACGCACAAGCCUGUGUGUCGAGAAAGGGGCGUAGCCUCAAGGGACAAGGGUGGGUCCUUAAGAAUGCUGAGAGAUGACACUGCUGAGGGUCGUAGGUUGAAUCCAGACAUCUGCCGGUGUAUUGAGUCCUCAAGUGCAGUGAGUUCAACAACUACUGCACAUUAACACAAUCGCAUAACAUUUCGGUUUGUACUUAAGUUGGUUUUAUUUCAGCUCUGAAGUUUCAUAAUACGCGAGCUGCACUGUCAUGCUCCGCACAUUGUUCUGUUGCAGGGCGGGUGGGGAAGUGCUUCCCCCUCCUGUGAACCAAAAGUCGAUUGAAGGGACCUCAGAGGUAGCUCUCUGAUACCCGCUUCUAUGGACCGUCCACCGGCCUGCGACAGAAAUGAUUUGACACCUCAUCUAAUGACGUUAUACCAAACACAGUUGUAAAAACGUUCACGAAAAAAUCUGAACAUUUUUAUUUUCGCUUGAUAGACACGACUGACAUGGUUCUGGAUUCAUGGUAUGUUUUUGUUCACCGAGGUGCCACUAGUAUAUAAAGAAUCCCAUAUGAAACCUAUACAACCUGUAAGGGGUAACCCAACGUUUGUAAUCAGGAUGUCAUGUAUUUAUUUCUACCCUAUCAUAGAUAACGGAAUCGCCAGUGCUGCAUUGCUGGUCCCACAUGGUCAGUAGGCGGCAUAACAAAUGAAGCCGUUUUUGUGACGUUGCACGAAUAAUUAUUUGCCAUGCUCUGGCGAGUAGGUGCACGGUUGGCUACGUACGGUGCAAAAGAAGUUCAACAUACUGUACAUGUAAAGUGAUUUCCCCCGAUUAGCACGGUUGGAUAUUUAUGGUGCGAAAAAAGUUAAUAUUUGUAUGACGUCAGUCCUGUACGGGCCGCCUUGCUAAUGCUUCUGUGUUUCGAAGGGAGGAAUUUUAUUUGGAGAAGCCAAGCAUCUCAUGUGAUUGAUCGCCUUGUCACGGGGUGGUUCGUCACGCAAACCAAUGCAGCGUGAUGUGUUCUGCAAUUGCGAGUGGUUGUGUGGGAGGAGUCGUUAAGACUGAAGUAUAAGGCAUUAAAAGGACAUUCGCCGUAAAUAUUUUUGUGAAUAUUUAAUGGGUCGUACUGUUGAAUCAAUUUCGUGUGGUAUUGUUCAGCGCCGCUAUAACGGCUAUAACGGGCGUUCUUUUGUGAAUUAAAGGAAAACUAAACUCGUAAAACAAACAGCUGUUUUUUUAUUGCAAGUACACACCAGGGCUGCACUGCCGCCUUUUCUGACGUGACUUUGAAGUUCCAUGAAGCUAAAGUAAUAUAAAGUCAAAAUGAAACGUGCAGUGGGUUCCUACCAGUAAAACUCUCCAUUUGUGUGCAACUGUGGUCAUCCAUAACAGACGAUGCAACA